UUCUUAGACCUUUGGCUAACUUCUUAGACCUUUGGCUAACUUCUUAGACCUUUGGCUAACUUCUUAGAACUUUGGCUAACUUCUUAGAAGUUUUGGCUUACUUCUAAGACCUUUGGCUUACUUCUUAGAACUUUGGCUAACUUCUUAGACCUUUGGCUAACUUCUUAGAACUUUGGCUAACUUCUUAUGCCUUUGGCUAACUUCUUAGAACUUUGUCCCGGUGACCAUGGUAGCGCACGUCGCACUAUAACAUACCCUUAUCCAACCUAGUUCCAGCUCCGUCGACCCCUCCUACACCUCCCAGGGAAACCACCAAAACCGUCAACAACACCACAACAAAGGCAACAUCUACCCGCACCUAUGGGGACGGACGUCAGAGGACAUCCACGAAACCCCCGAUGAAUGCGACACUCUCCCCAGCUAUUGAGAGCAACAAGGGAUACGUUCACAGAGAGCGUCCCAAGUACGUUUUAAUCAUCUUUCUAUCGGGCGUGGCCGCGGCGACUGUGCUCCUCCUUAUUCUUCUUAUCGCGCUCAACUUCCUCGGGAAGAGGAAAAAGGAGAAGAAAUACCAGCUGGAGCUAAAAGCGGCGGCGAAAGAGCUAGAACAAUUAGAGGACGAAGACGAGGAUGAGGGUCAAAACGACGACGUGGAAGAUGACGACGAAGGAGAACAUAAGAAGACAGUCACGAUUGAGAUACAGGGCGGGGACAACGAAACAAAGCAGAUAAGUGUGAAUCCGGGUGAUAUAAUCAUCAUCGAUAGCAAAGACGUGGAUAACGAUGACAGCGAGGACCUCGGGUACAUGUCGGAAAUCGUUCGUUAUUAUAACAGUCGGAAUAACGGUAACGACGACGGAAUAUCGAUUAGGAAGCAGUCGCUGACGUGCGAGACGCCGUCGGUGCUCUCGAUCCCGAACAGUGAAGGCGACAAGCGAGAAGAGUACGAAACCUUACGAAUGACUUCGGUCGGCAACGGAGCGAUUCCCGACGGCCCUCCGAUCGUGAAUGGGUCAUGUGUGAGCUAAUGUGUGACAUGAAUGGCCGAACAAAUCACGCAUGCCAUGGCAGAGCGCCUUGCCGACAGUGACGUCCCGACAAAGGAUGACGUCACAAACUCAUGACGUUUCAGACGUCACCGAGUUCGGUUUGAUAAGAUCUCAUGACUCGCAGAGUGCAAUCCGAAACACCAAGCUCUAACAAUAUUUUUAUUUAAAAAGAAAUUCGCGUUAUCUGAUAAACACACGUCACUCUAACCGCAGCGCGGAGAAGCACGUCCAUGUGGAUGGUAAUACUUUUACAACGUGAACCAAGCCUCAACAUUUCAAGGUAGGCUCUGAGUGAAGGGCGCCGUGUGAGCCAGGCUAUAAUCAACUGAUGGAAAUAGAAGGUUCUCUUACAUAUGGUAUUUUGCUAGGCCUCGAAAUGUUGCGGGCAUAAUACAGAAACGUUAGGAAAAUAUUAGGGGCGCAGCCACGCCCUACUGGUCAAUUCCUUGUAUUUUUUGUGUAAAUUUUGAGGAGCACGUGCCAUCAGUGCCCAAGCCCCCGCUACGGCCCUGGGCUGACAGAGACUUUUUAAAGAAAGGAGUGUCACCCACUCCUUUGUUAUUUUUUAUCUUUGAAAAUAUAGAGGUUUAUUUGCAAGGAAACUUCAAAAUAACAAUCUAUGAAUGAAAUCUAAAAUGUUAUUGACGAUAUUUGAUUAAAAAUAUCGUGUUUACUUGCUUGAACUAGCCGAUGGAAAUGGAUGCUAUGUGUGACUCUUCAUUGAGCGGGAGCAUAAAAUGGCGGCGUGAUUGGCCUUCUUCAAAAUUGAAACUGGACAUUAAUUGAGCCAUGGCCACAAGAUUCAUACGUAGACAUUAGAUAAUAUAUAGCAUGCCGUGUAUCACCGUUUUAUGCAUCGAAGGAAAAUCUAUUUUAAGUUUGUAUUCUAUGCAUGAUUAUUAUUAUGCAGGCUCAGAAUGUGCGCAAGACAUAUAUACUGUGAUUCUGUUUAUUAGAUAAACAAUAUCAUUUAGCAAGGGUGAUUGAAUAAUUCUAAUAAAAAAUAUGCGAAUAAUUGUUAUUGAUUAAAUAAUGAUUCACCUUUUUUACAUUCUAAAAAAAAAAGGGUGUUGUU